AUGGAAAAUAUUAGUGAAGCAGAUCUUUCAAUUACAACAGAAUCAGAUCCCUUAAACCUUCCUUAGACUACUCAAGUUGAUAACUAACUCAAGUAAUCAGAAUUUUGGAAUCAAGCAAAUGAGUUCGAAGAAUAAAAAUAAGCUGUAUUAAAGCAUACCAAUGAACUUUAACUUGAUAGUGAAGCAAAGGUUGAUUAAGAUUAGCUUUUGCUAGCAGUAGAGCUUACUAUUUGGUUGCAUACAGAAUAUUAAGCAGAGCUCGAGGAAUGCCAAAAGCUUAUGGAUAAAUUAAAUGAUGAUGAGUCAAAACCAUUUUUAUUUAAGUACCAAGCUAGAGAAAAAUAUAAGAAACUUCUUGAAAAUGAUUACCUAAACCCUAAAAGCAAUAGCCAGCAAUAAAGCUAAAUUAUAGAUUGCGCUACCGCCAUAGUCAAAUUUAAGUUAGGUUUAAAUUUCUUUGACUGCGAAGAAUACUCUGAUGCUGAGGUUCUUAUGAGAGAGUCGCUUGAAGUAUUUGACAGGAUCUCAGAUGUGCUUAAAAUUAGAUAUUUCAAUACAAUAUAGGAUAUCUAUAAUAACAUUGGGAUUACUUACUGCAACAGAGGUUCGCAUGAAAAGGGAAUCCCCUAUCUGUUGAAAGCAGAGUAAAUUUAUAAGAUGGUUGUUGAUUCAACAGAGAAUACAACACAAGCUCACAAUACUUCACUUUUAAAUGAUUUCGAUCAAUAUCUUCUCAGUCAAAUAGAGUAGUCAUAAUCUAAGCAGGGAGUGCCUCUAACAUAAGACUUUGCCUUUUACAUUAAUGGAGGAAUUGAUAAGUCUAAGUUAGAAAAGAACUAUACUUUGACCCUAUUUUAUAUGGCUUAGGUUUACACUAAAUUAGGUUAAAAUGAAAAGGCAGUUCAAUUUUGUGCUGAUACCAUGAAAAGAUAGCUAGCUUUUAAGGAAUAUGAUGUGAAGGAUUGGGCUGUUAAUUGUAUUAACCUAUCUGAGUAUUUCAUUAAAAAUGGGCAUUUUGCUCAAGCGGAAUAUUGUCUCUUUGCAGGAGUCUCAAUCUUGCCAGGAGACUUAAGCAAGAAAAGAAAGCUUAGAGCAACUUUGUAAAUGUAGCUAGCUAGAUAUUACUUGGAAAGAUUAGUAUUUGGAGUCUAAAACUACGUCAAAAAUAACGAGGCUAUUCCUGAGAUAGUAGAGAGAUAAUUUGUGCUAUUUCCUGAACUGUAGCUGAAAUUCCCUCACAUUACUGAUAUCAACGAUAUUGAGUAAGCUAAAUUAUUAUUCAGGCUAGCUAAUACAUAGUUCAAGAAAGCUAUGGAUUACUAUGUAUUAGAUGGAUAUGUUACAGAGCAUAUCUAAAUGAAAUAAGAUUUAUCAAAAUUAUACAAGCAUUUAGCAAUAAUUGAACCAAACGCAUAGAGAGUAUUUGCUAUGCAAGAUAGAAGAAGAGAACUUUUGGAAGCAAUCAUUAAGGACAUAAACCCUAAAGCAUAUGAAGUAUAAGUUAUUGAACUUGAAGCUGAACUUAGUGAUAUAUUCUCUUCCAUGUUUGACAUUAAGUAUGAUGAGAUAAAAUAGAGUCCAAAAGCUCCAAAGAAAGCAGAUUUUGAUGAACUGAAUUAAAUAGGGUAAAGAUCCAUCUACUACUCUCAUGAUGUAGUAGAAAUAAUCAUGAAAAAAGAAGAAAAAUUUGACUAUCUAUAAGCUGUAGUGAACAUUCAGCUAAGUGUAGCUAGGAUCUACUCUAAACUUUAUGACAAAUCGAAGUAAAAACAAGUGUAGUAUUUGGAAUCAAGCUUCAGAGAAUAUGAAAAACUUAAGAAGUUCACUAUCGAAUUUAUGAAGGAGAAAAACAUCACAUCACCCAAAGAUCUACCUCAAGGAGUACAGGAAUCAUACUAGAUUAUGCUUGAAAUGUAUGAGUUACUUCCUGUAAAAAUAUCAAAGAUUAAUGCUCAAAUUCAUUAAUAGUCCUGA